CAUAACGUAACACCAUCUUUAUAUUGCGUAAUGAAAUUACGUUGACGGUUUGUACUACUAGGUUCAGUGUUGAAGAUGUCGAGAUUUGAUGAUAUUUUCGACUCAUUUUUUGGAAGGUCGGGAUUUCGUCGUGGAGUUAAUAGGGACAAUACCUUUGAUGAAGAAGGUGAUCAGACCCCUUUCCAUGGAUUCUUCCCCUCAUCCCCUGGUAGUCGGUUUUACAGUGAACAACCACAUGACAUGGACGAUGACGACAAUUAUGAGGGGCCACCUGGAAGACAAGGUCCAUUCCCAGGAGGAGGAGCUAUUUUCUCGUUCAACAACGAGAUGAAUGACUUCUUCAAACUCUUUGAUGAUAUGUUCAAAAGCUUUGGUAUUGCAGAUUUUCCUCCGUUAGAUGUUCCCAGGAUCUCUCCAUCGUCCCCUGCACAACCUGAGGCGAAAGCACCAAGAGAUGAAAUGCUGAAAGAACCAGAUUCUACAAAUAGUCCAGAGCCAGGCACAGCCACCCCAAAGACUGUUUUGAAGGAGCCACUCUCAUGGUUUGAAGAGCUAAGAAAAGGAAAGAGCAUUCUUUCUGUCCCUCCCGAUGAAAAUGUCUCGCUGUCUCCUUCAGAAAAGAAAGAUUCAGAUCUGGAUGAUGUUGUCAGGCAAGGGGAGAUGGAGCGAAUGUUUGGAGGUGGAUCACCUAGGCAACCAUCAUCAGAUCAACGACAGAGUUCUUAUUCCAGGAGCAUAUCAAUACAGACAAUCAGAAGACCAGAUGGGACCUCUGAAACCAGACGGACUGAACGUGAUGGUCAGGGUAAUGUAACAACGACUGUGACCACAGGUCCAGACGAUAAGCCCUCUCCUGGGAGCACAGAACCUAGACGCAUGGAACCUUGGGGAAUGCAUCCCUGGAGACCAGGUCAACACUGGCCUUUUACAAGGAGGUGUCCUGGACACGACAGGUUGGAAGGGGAGAGAGACAGGACUGAUGAUGUACCCCAUGUCUGGAGACCAGGGAUGUCCUGGCCUGGUUCUAGGAGGUAUCCUGGACCAGGCAGGCAGGAAGGCGAUGAAAACGAUGAUUCCAUGUACAAGAAAUUCUUUGGAUCUUGGUUCAAGCCUUAAUGUUGCACGACGAAUAAGACCAUCAGAACAACGGGGGAACGCAAUUCAAUGACAAUCUUCAAGACUGAUAAUGUCCUCAACCUUCAAGAGAGGUGUCGUUGUCAAGUGGAUACGUCACCAAACUGUCGAUCACAAGUCUGCGGUUCGAGUCCUGCUGCGGCACUAAUGUCCUUCGGCAAGACAUUGAUCUACAUUUGCCACACUAAACCAAGGUGGUAUAAAUGGGUAGCUGGUAGGAAUUAAUUCCUUGAAAUUCUAGAGCGCCGUGCUAAAGCCAGGGUAAUAAUCUCCCUCUGCGCCUCAGAAUAGUUUACUAGAUCGAUGGCGCAUAAUAAAUGCUGUAGUAUUAAAUCUACCUUUGAAUUAUAAACAUGGUCUGGCCUUGUCCUGUAAUAAUCUAAUGGUUAUUUUACCUGGCUGCUAAGAGUUAGUAAGAUUUAGAUCCUCUUCGAAAGACCUGGUAAUGAGGAUUAAAAUGUCUUACCAAAGGGCACUAGCGCAUUGCCUUGGUUUCGGACCCGGGUCGCCGAUUACGAGACCCCUGCUCUACCAACUGAGCUAUCGCGCCUCCUUCUUGAAGAAGCUGUUUUGAUCUAUGUUGUUUCACAAUUCUAAUCUCAUUUUAAUUUAUUGUGUGUGGGUAUCAGCUUUAAAAAAAAAAAAUCUUUUACAGUUUUACUCUAUGAAAGAAAAUUUCUUUACCCCGAAACCUUUACAUUCAUGAUGAAGAAUAAAGUAUAUAUGUAGUUACAGCGAAAUACCAAAUCACACCAAUCAGUAACAUCUCAUUUGUUAAUUUUUCAUUAAAAAACAUCCAAGUUCUAUCUUUACAAUUUUUUUUUUAUAGAAAUGGUCAAUAAUAUUGUAUAUCCAUGAAAAUGAGUUAGAUAAAUGGAAACUUCAUAAUUUUUAACAGAAACAUAAUGUGUCAUAUUUUACAUUUUAUCAACAAAUAUCAAAAAUUAUCUCUUUUUUAGUACACUUAGACUGUAUGAAAUUAGUUUUUAUGAACCCAGUUGGAUUUUUGUUUGUCUUGCAUGAUGUAAUUAAUAUGAAUGCAUGUGUACUUCAUUGGUAGACUCUUGACCUUUGUAAUUUUUGUUGUUGAUAAUACCAGAGCAAUGCUGUCUUUGGAUUCAGUUCAUGAAGAGGGAUUUUGUUUUGAAAAUUUGAAUAUUGGAUGUUUUCCAUACCAAUCCUUGACAUCUGAUGAAUGUUAUACAUAAUUAACAAUGGCUGCAUAUAGACUGAAGACAAGACGUGCAAUACUCUUGUUUAAGAAAUGAUUUAUGGAUAGGGGACUGAAACCAGACAGAGUAGACUCACCCUAGACACUCUGUCUUCAUCUGUAGCUUUGCCUUCUGUAAACCAGGGCUUCAUGGUGAAUUUUCUGGAAUGGGUCAUUUCUAGGUUACUGCUGUAAACAAGCAGUCCUGUUUGAUUUGUUAUUUUCUUUUCAAGAAUGCUGUAACACUCAGAUCCCCCAAAGCUAGAGGCCUUUAAAGUCGUUCAAAAGGCGAUUCAAUGUGGUAUAUAUUACGUUGAGUUUGAUACUCUUGCGUAAAUCAUUUAAGUUUUGGUUUGCUUCUCUGAACCCCCCCCCCCCUUUCUGCCCACCUGUGGCUGAAGUAACAGCAAUCAAUAUGAAUGGACUCGCAUGCAAUACCUGGGUGGUGAACCCUUCCUUCAAAAUUUUUUUUUUUAAUGUGUGGUAAAAGUCUGGAUCUGACUUGAAGCAGUGAUACUGCUGAAAGUGAAAAAUGUAAUAAUGUUGUUUUAAUCAACUUGUGCAUAUGAAAAUCUUAUUUUUGAAUAUAUUAAAUCAGAUAUAUAUGUACAUAAGAGCUCUAUGAUUGAACAUGAUAUAUUUGUCGAUGGCAUUUUCCCUUGCAGCAGUAUGAAUAUUGGAAAACCUCUAUCAUAUUUUAAAAUAUUUCUGAAAAAUGAUGCUUCAGAAAAAUCCAUUCUAUAGAAUAUUUAGAUUUAGCUGUUUUGCUUUGGAUAUGUUUUUUUGUUUCUCUUUAUAAAUAUCUUAUCAUAUGCUAUUGGCCAUUAUAUAGAAAACCUAUUUUACCUUAAAGUUGAUGGAGUAGGGAAAGAAAUAUGAAAGUUAAGUGCUGUUUACAAGGAAACCAAGCCUUUUUAUCAACUUGCUUACAAUUUGUUUCCCCUUAUUCCCCCUUGACUUGGCUGUAUAUUUGCCUUUCACUUUAAAUUCAAGCCGAGAUCUACCUGAUGCAAGAAUAAUAAUGAUGUCACCAUUCAA